GGAACAUCAUAAAUGAUUGCAAUAAUGUGGCAAACAUGGCUUACUGUUUUGUGGAACUGUUUACUGGUCUUACCGUUUGCAGGUCAUACUAUGGCUGCUACCGGACAGCAGAAUUGUUAUUCAACUCUUGACUGCAACUUUGAGUCCAAUUCGCUGUGCAGUUGGAUAAAUGUUCAAAGUAACGACGAUUUUGAUUGGACGCUGCACAAAUUAACCACACCUUCUGACAACACCGGGCCGAACGCUGAUCACACACAUGGUAACUCACAAGGUACAUACAUCUAUAUCGAAAGCAGUGCACCGCGAUUAAGUGGCGAGGCUGCGACGCUUCAAAGUCAAGUCGUGAAACCACACGGUAGGGGAUCGGUAACGCUUACCUUCUGGUACAAUAUGUACGGAAACAGCAUAGGGCAGCUAAGCGUGUAUGUCCUGCCAACCAUCAACAUGACGUCAUUUCCUGGUAUCCGGGUUUGGUCGUUGUCUGGCGACCAAGGGAAGGCCUGGCACCAUGCCAACAUCACCUUCGAUUAUACAGGCGAAUUCCAUGUGCUGAUUGAAGGGACAGUAGAAAUGGAUUUUGGGUGA